AUGAUUCACAUGCGUGGUCCCACACGUAUCGCGGACAGAAUAGGAAUGAUACAUUUACUUUGGUUAGUACCAAAGGACAGAUACAAUAAAUUUCGAACAUCACUUAUGUCGUCUGCUUAUGGAAAAAUCGAUCGACCAAAAGAUUACAAUGCGACAGAAUUAGAUCGUCUGAUUCCAAUAGAAACUACCACUAAAUAUAAUAAAUUAGUAUCUGUACAUUCAUUAACUAGUCUGUUACGAGAACAAAAUAUAAACGAAUCAAAAUUAAUUUCAUAUUUACAGCAUUUGCUAAACAAUGAAAUUAAACUGGGAAACACUUAUCCACAAAAAAAUAUACUUAAUUUGUCUGAAUUUGUUAACUAUUUUCUAUCUGGUGAUGUUUUCAUCGUUGUCAAUAGCGGAAAAAUACGAUUUAAUGAAUUAGAGAAUAGUUUAGAAGAAAAUGUAUUGGGAACGUUUUAUAUUAAGCCAAACUUUCCUGGACGUUGUUCUCACAUUUGUAAUGGAGGAUUUAUCACUGCGCCUGGUCAUCGAAAUCAAGGCAUUGGUAAAAUUAUGGCAUUAGCCUUUAUUCAAUUUGCUCCUUUAUUAGGUUACAAAGCUUCUAUGUUCAACUUGGUAUUUGUAAAUAAUACACCUAGUGUUCGUCUUUGGAAAUCAUUAGGUUUCAAAGAAAUUGGAAGAAUUCCAAAUGCUGGAAGACUUCUGAUAAGAAACGAAGAAAUGGAAGGAACAACUACAGAACAACGAGAAGAAUUUGUUGAUGCUAUUAUGUAUUACUAUAGUUUUAUUUGA